AUGAAGCUUGUCAAACCAAUUGAUUUAUUUAAUAAUGUCAUGAAAGCUACAUCAAAACAACAACGGCUGCUUGGGUUAGAUGUUGGUAAUAAAUAUAUUGGGCUCUCUGUUUCAGAUACUAACAAAAGAAUCGCAUCACCCUUAAGGUAUGGAAGCCUGUACUACACCUAAAUUUGAGAUACGUCCUGCUUGUUUUCCUGUUGCUUAACUGAGAAAUGCAUUUCAGGUUCUAUUUGCAUGUGUGCAUCUCUGUCAUAAGCUGUUAGAAACAUUUAUAAAUGGCUAAGCUAGUAAAGUAGGCAAGAAGCAAUAACUACCUCAGCAUCCACUCUUGUUUAGAAACUUGAGCUUAUAAGACGUGGCAACACUUUUGCCUUUGCAUAGAUGUGAGUACAAUUUUGUUUACAAAUAUCUUUGAAAAUGGAAGUUAAUGAAAUUUGAGUUUGUCAUGUUUGAUGCAGAUACAUGCUUCUCUACACAUAUAACCACCAAAGUUACGCUUUGGCAUCCCAAUGGAAUCACAACUUUAUAUUGUUCCAGGACUUUUAGACUUUUUAUGUACGGAUCAUGGAGUUGGAGAUUGUCAGGGGGAAGGAAAAAUUAUUUUUUGGAUCUGGAGAAUAAAGUCGCAGAAGUCCAAGCAAACAUAACAAAGUAGUAAAUAUCAAGAAAAAAAAUUCUGGAGCCCAGGAUAUAAAUCAUUUUUAUACAUAUCUUGUGGGGGAAAGGAAAUGCGAUCUAAAACUUUUCAGUUAUGUUGACAAUUGGCUCUCUUUGAGGGAGAUUUAGUAGUGAAUGUUUGUUAUGCUCUCAAGGAGAACAAGGGGAGAUAAUAGAGCUAACUCCCGAUUUUACCUCAGAAAGCUUACGUGGGAAUUAUUAGAAAAAGUUAAAUCAUCAAUACGUCCUUUUAUCUACUUGAAUGAUAUGAAGAUUAUUCAAUUGGUUUUCUUUGCUCUUUCCAGCGGUUAGUUGGAAACUAGAGAUGGCAAAUGUCAAAGGAACCAAAAGUUCAACAUCGAUUAGCAUGAAACGUUGAGGUUUUCGUUUACUUCAUUUUUAAAGAACCCAGUUGAGUCUACUAUACUAUCUCCGGGCUGUAUGUACCUUGAACCCUUCAAAAAGAAAAUGUAUAGUGCUCCUUGUGGCUUGGAGGCUCAACUCAUCGAUUGUUUGGAAAGAUAGGAUCAUGUGCAUCUCUACCAGUAAUUUAGGAUGAGGGACCUAGCGAAAUUAGAGGGAGUAAGUUCAAGCUUUCUAUUUAAAUCUUCAAAUAACUCGAUUGCUAUGAUUACUUUUGAUCUGUACGGUCUGUCACCUUUUGAAUGUUUUUUUCCUGUUGAUUUGUUUCCCAUUAUGUUUUCUUCAUGUGUGAAUGGUAUUAUGAGCCUGAUAUUGGCGUUGCAGUGUCUUGGUUCGUAAAAAGUCAAAUAUCGAAUUGAUUGCCGGUGAUUUUCAGAGAUUGGUAAUUAUUACUCCUUUUUCCUUUUUUUAAUUCUCAUUCUCUAAAUUAUAUCAUGAUUCUCAUCAGAUUUUAGGGCGUGGCUAACUCUGAAUCUAGGCUAGUUGAUACCCCUUAUCCCAGUUAUGAUUGUUAAAACCUACGUAGAUCUCUCUACUAAGUUGUAUGACUAUUACCUUAAAAUUAUACAGGAAUGUCAAUAUUGGGGAAGAGGCUGAUGUGAUAUCGGGCAUAAAUUCAGUGACUAAUAAAAGCCAUAUCAGCACACACCAUAUUGACUUGAAAUGAUUAUUAGCCUCCUGGUAUCCCAUACUGAAAAUCCUUGAUAGUCAUUUCCAUUCUGACAUAAUAGUUUUCUCUUAGGUAUCAGAACUUUCUUUGGCUGGCCUUAUUGUUGGAUACCCUUUCCGCAAGCAGAGCAAGCUCAGUCUGGAGGUCUGUUGGCUACUUAUAAGCAUUUGAAAUCCAUUACUCGUUUUUAUACCUUUUUUUUACCUUAUUUUGCAGAAUUCACAGCUGCAUGUGGAGUAUUUCGUGAAGGAACUUGGUGAAACGGGGAAAUUGGAUGGUCUAUGCUACACAUAUUGGGAUGAACACUACACAUCAAAGGUGAUCGAUUGAAUAUAAUUCAGGAGAAUAACGUCUUUUAGAACCAUGUUUCCCAUUAAUUUUUUUUAUAUAUUUCCAGUGUGUGGAAUCUCUAUUACACCCUUUAGAUUUGCAUCCUGUGGAAGCUAAAACGAUGAUGGAUAAGUUUGCUGCUGUGGGGAUUUUACAGGUGACACACUUACUGGGUCGUACUUCAUUGUUUUUCCUUCAAUAAGGUCGAUACUCCUCUGAGUCUCAUCUGUUUUCGCCCCAAUGUAAAACUGCCCGGCUGCAGAUUCCGCACAAAUUAUCAAUAACUCUCUUUUUUAUGUUCAUGAUCUGCAAUCUUUUCCGUGAUCAUUAAUGCAUCAUCCGAACUUUAAUUUCCCCGGAAUGUAAUUGGAUUAUGUGGAUGAAGAUUCUUACCAUAUUCAAUUUUAAUGAAUUUUCAGGGCUACCUGGAUUCCAUGCAAAGAAAUCAGAGGUCAAAGACCGGCAAGGAAGGUGAUUCAUGCUGA